AGUGUCUUACAGGACGCUAGAGGUCGUCGGCGCUACGCGACGUGCGCCAGCUCUCCGCAUCGCAUCGCUCGUACAGAGCUGCGCCAAGGCCCCCUCUACCCUGUACAAUCGCCUUUACCGAAUCGGAAGCGAGUGCCACGCGGCAGGGCAUCGAUCAAACAUGACGACAAAAACCGGCUCCACCCCCGUCGACCUCGACGCCAUCCCGCCACCGGUCCCGUUCAUCGUCUGCAUCGGCGGCGCGGCGGUGCAGGUCGCCGGCCUGCUGGCCGUCUGGUCCCAGACGAGCGCCGGGCCCUGCCUCGCGGCGCCUAUGGCCUGCGUCCGAAGCGACGACGCGGACCCCUGGGGGCGACUGGUCGUCGGCGUUCUCACGGUGGCGGCAUUUAUUUGGGCGGUCUCCCUAAGGACGGACACGCACUCCGACGCGUCGAUCGUCGACCGGCUCUGGUCGAUCCAGCCCUGGGUCUACUGCUGGUAUGUUUGUUUCAUGUUUCCAUCGUCCGCACGCGUCGUGCUCAUGACGGCGCUCGCGACGGCCUGGGGUAUACGACUUACCUACAAUUUCGCGAUCAAAGGCGGCUACGCCGGCGGCGAGGACUACCGCUGGGCGGUCGUGCGCCACUGGUACCCGGGGUGGCGCUAUGAAAUUGUCCAUGCGGUGUUCGUGUGCGGAUUUCAGCAAUUGCUACUGCUCGCCAUCGCGGCGCCGGUCGUCGCGGCCGCGCAAAGUCAAGCACCGCUCAACGCCGGCGACGCGCUGGCCGCGCUGGUUUUCGUCUGCGCCUUGGUGCUCGAGACGAUUGCAGACCGGCAGCAGUUCGCCUUUCAGACGGCGAAGUAUGCCAGUGGCACGAAGCCGACCAAGGGUUUUCUGGACACUGGCGUCUGGGCCUACAGUCGCCACCCGAACUACUUCGCGGAAGUGUUGUUGUGGUGGGCCUUUUACGGCUUCGCCGUCGCGGCGACGGGCGAGCUGAAUUGGUCCGGUGCCGGCGCGGUAUGUCUUACAAUUCUCUUCGUGGCGCCGGGUGCAUCGGCGGACCUCACUGAGCUCCUAUGUUCGAAGAAGUAUCCAGAAUACAAAGAGUACCAAAAAAGGGUGUCGCGGCUGGUGCCGUGGAUUCCUAGCGAGGAGAGGCCGGCGGUGCUGGGACCAGUCGCUCGCGCCGCAUACCUCUUGUACUUUGCGAGCCACAUCCCAAUCACGUUACUGAUAGAUGCCCAAGCGGCGAUCGACCAUAGAUACUUCCCGGAGCCCGCGCAAGCGCUCUUGGAUUGGCACAUUCGAGUCAACGGAGAUUUCCUCAUGGGCGCGCCGCCGCUUUGGUUCCGGAGCGUCGUCUGGGGAGAGAUAUGCCUCCAGCUCCCGUUCUUCUUCGUGGCGGUGAAGGCGUUGUAUGAUCGCGACGAGGCGGCCUUCCGCAUACCGUUUGUCAUUUACGGCGCGCACACGGCGACGACGAUGAUACCUAUCCUGGGGGAGAUCGGCGGGUCAACGCGGCUGACGCUGAUCUACCUGCCCUACCUGCUGUUCCCGCUGGGGUGCGUUGUGCUGUUUAGUGUGUAA